ACUGGAAGCGUUGAUUGUUUUGUUGACAGCUGGUGGGACGCAAACCGGAGCGAAAGCAGAAGACGAACGGUGAAAAAGGGCCAUAAAGCGGAGCUGAGCGGAGCGGCGAGCGGCGGGACGGCUCAAGCAGACACUUGGCCCUGUGUCCUUGUCCUUGCCUCGCCUGUCCCCGAUGCCUGCGGUGUGAGGACCCGGCCAUCCCCGUCCGCCAGCCUCCGGGCCAGCUGCUCUCGCCCCAUCUUUGGACGGGUCGGGCGGAAGGAGGCAGGGAAGAGUCGCCAUGGCGUCCAAAGUGGGAGACGACCCGGAGUCCCUCAUCACGCUAACCCUAACCUACUGCCUGCGAAACCUGUGCCGGACCAUGUGCUACGCCGGCGACAAGAACCGGCCUCGGCUGCGACCGGACAUCUUCCUUCCCAGCGAGAUCUGCGACAAGCUCGUUAAUGCGUACAUGGAUCUGGUUCACACGGACAGUGACUUUGAGGAAUACGGCGGCUUUUUCCUGCUCUUCUCGGACCCCCACAGCACCAGGCUGUCCAGGGUCCAGCUGCGAGAGGACGUUGUUAGAGACCGAGACCUUGAGGCAAUUGGGAAACAGGAUCUCAUUGAGCUCCACCUGACAAACUGCACCAACCUAUCGUCUCGCAGCUUGAAAACGCUUUCCUGCUUCCGGCAAACCCUGGUCUCCCUCAGCCUCUUUGGAUGCAACAACAUCUUCUACAGGAAAGGGGCGGCACCUCUGGCGUGUAGCGAGGCGGACGAAGAGGGACGGCCCGUCCGCCGGCACUUGGACUUGGACUUCAGCUUCCAGGGCUUCAGCAGGCUGCGGUUGCUGAACCUGGGUGGCUUGCCCACAGAGGUUGACGUGGAGUCCUUGUUGAGGCCUCUAACUACGCUGACCUCGUUGGACCUCUCUGGUGUCCACCUGGCCCGGGCAGCCUUCCUAACCCAGUGGCGGGAGCGCCUGGCUUCGCUGGUACUGUACAAUGUAGACCUGUGUGAGGAGCUCGUCCAGACCAUCUUACAAAUGAGCCAGCUCCGGCAUCUGGACAUCUCGAGAGAGAGUCGGCGUAGCUGCAAGUUCAAACUGACAAGGAAUAUGCUGACGAAUAUUGUACAAAGCCUUACCCAUCUGGUGUCCUUGGACAUCUCAGGGCACACAAUGCUGGACAAUUGUGCUGUCCCACACUUGGAAGAUGCUCUGGGCCGCCCCAGCAUCGAGCCGUGUAAGAGCAGCAUCCUUCCUCUGCGAGAGCUGAAGAGGCCGCUGCAGUUCUUGGGGCUGUACGACACGACGCUUUGUAAUUUGACACACAUACCGGCGUACAAGGUCACAGGAGGGAAAAAUGAGGAUCAGAUUCUAAACGCCAUCGAGGCUUACACUGAGUUCCGGCCGGAAUUAGCACACAGAGCCAUCAACCAGCUUUUCGACAUCGCCAGGAUACAGCACUGCAAUCAGCUGCUUCGGGCCCUAAAGUUGGUGAUCGCUGCCCUCAAAUGCCACAAGUACGACAAGAGCAUUCAGGUGACGGGCAGCGCAGCGCUAUUUUACCUGACCAACACAGAAUACCGUACCGACCAAAGCGUGAAGCUCCGGCGGCAGGUCAUUCAGGUGGUGCUGAAUGGCAUGGAGCAGUAUCAGGAGGUUACGGUCCAAAGGAACUGCUGCCUGACACUAUGCAACUUCAGCAUCCCGGAGGAGCUGGAGUUCCAGUACCACCGAGUGAACCAGCUGCUCUUGCGCAUCUUGGAGCCGACGCGGCAGGACGAGUCCAUUCAGCGCAUCGCUGUGCACCUCUGCAAUGCCCUCGUGUGCCAGGUGGACAAUGACCACAAGGAAGCUGUGGGCAAGAUGGGCUUUGUCAAGACAAUGCUGAACUUGAUACAGAAGAAGCUGCAAGAUAAAUUGUGUGACCAAGUAAUGGAGUUCUCCUGGAGUGCGCUGUGGAACAUCACAGAUGAGACACCGGACAACUGUCAGAUGUUCCUCGAUCGCAGUGGCAUGGCACUCUUCCUGGAGUGUCUGAAGGAGUUCCCCGACAAGCAGGAGCUACAUCGCAACAUGCUGGGGCUGCUGGGUAAUGUGGCAGAGGUGAAGGCCCUUCGGCCUCAGCUGAUGACCCCGCAAUUCAUCACGGUAUUCAGUAACCUGCUGGAUAGCAAGGCGGACGGGAUCGAGGUAUCCUACAACGCGUGUGGGGUGCUUUCCCACAUCAUGUUUGACGGACCUGAGGCCUGGGCCAUGGUGGAGCCGUGCCGGGAUGAGGUCAUGGACCGGAUGUGGGAUGCCAUCCAGAGCUGGGACGUCAGUUCGCGCAGAAACAUCAACUACAGGUCCUUUGAACCAAUCCUCCGCCUGCUGCCCCAGAGUAUUUCACCAGUCAGCCAGCACUGGGCCACGUGGGCUCUGUACAACCUGGUGUCUGUUUAUCCGAGUAAGUACUGCCCACUACUGAUUAAGGAGGGUGGGAUGGCUCUUCUGCAGAGAGUACUAGAGCUCCAGACAUCACAUGAAGAGACCAAGGACAUGGCAAGGAAGGUGAUGGAGCAUUGUGGAAACUUCAAGGAGGACCCCAUGGACACUGGGAGGUAAAUGGUGACAGCAAGGGCAAACGCUAGAAGACAUGGAAGAGAAGGAGAGAGAGAGAAACAGACUUUUGUUUUCCAUCUCGCACCAGAGGCAACUGUGCGCAUCAGUUUACUGUAGUGUCUAGACGGGGGGGAUCUUCGCUUCUCGGCCAGUGUUUUCGGGAGGAGCUGCUCAGUGUGACAGCGGUACGGAGACGUGUGGCGCACUGGAUCUUUUCUGUGGUAUUGCACACGAUAAGCUUUACUUGUACGACUUAUAUGGUUUUGUUCUCUUUUUGUGUGGGUGUGUCUGAGGAAACACAACAAUAUGGGAGACGUCUGUUACUUUACUGUAAGAUGAGAAAGAAGCGCUCGAGGCGUUUCUCCUCGCUGAGAGGCCAUCGUGUACGAGCUUGGAUUCCGCACAGUACGUUUUGUUGAACACCUCAAUUAAACAGUGAUGUCCCCUCUGAAUGUCACUGCCCUGCCUCUCAUGGUACAUGUACUGCCCAGGAGGGAGAGUUCCCAUUUCUGCCACGAAGCUCUAGUCUGACCCUUUACCGCUGAGCUAGUCGUCAACAGAAGCCCUGGAUUGUGUGGGGAUUAUUAAGUGGUUAAAUUGGUCUUUGGGUCUGUUUUCAUGUCCAUCGUGUCCCCUUGUGGGCAACAGGAAGUCUUCCCUCGUGAUAUCGAGCAUUUAUCAAGCAUGUGGAAGAUUGCUGCUUGUCUGCUUUGUAUGUAGUUGAAGCACAUUUUUGUUACUCACUCUUUUUAUGUCAUGAUUUAAAAACAGUCUGGGAAUACUAUGACCAAGUAAAAUUUUCCCUUGAGCAGCCUGCUAUGAAGAUUAAAACACACUCCUCUGAAACUAAAAUGCCAGUUAAAUACUCUCCCAAGAGAUGUCUGCCGAUGGCAUUCUUUUAAUGUGGCUUUAUUUUCAGUUAAAGAACUAUAAUAGCAUAUUUCUAUAAAAAUAUGCUGUUACAAUGAGUGCAGAAUCUUAAAGGUUUUGCUUGCAAUAUCUGUGUGAUUUUUUUCAUGGUCUUUAAUUUACAGAACUCAAAUGAUUUCAUUUUGUCAUCGUUAAAAGGGUUGUGCUGUGCACUUCAAAUGAAUCAUGUCGAUCAGAAAGAAUUCCACGGAUUAUUUUACAGGUCAAUGUAAGUCCUGUUCAAAAGUGUUUCAGAACAUUGUCAACUCUUUACCAGGCAUUUAUGUAAAUAACAUCAUGGUACAGUGUUCAAAACCAAAAUGUUUAUGAUGUCAUCCUCCACCCCCCAUGUAGAUGAAAUGCUGGGAUUAUUUAUCAAAUGAUUUUAACGUAAUUGUGAAACAUAGCUAUGUGGUACGGACAAGAUUUUAAACAAGUUUGUCUACCUUUUUAGGACAAAUGAGUUCUUGUUACUCUUUUCUAAAAACAUGAUGUGUUAUGAUACCCGAGCAUGGAGUGUCGAGGUGGACCUUUAGAGUUGUAGAUGCAUAAUUUAAUUGUUAUUCCCUAGUGUCAUUUGGAUUCCCAGGGUUUUGUCUUUUGUUAAUUUUACGACCGCCAAGUCUAUUUUGACAGUCAGUCGUUGGGUACGUUUGUAUGGCGGGGAAUGUUGUAAUAUUCAUUUGGGGAGUUUUGUAUGUAUAUCAGAAACACUCAUAGCGAUACCAUUAAUGUUUACUAGUGUUGGGUUUGUUGUCAGAAUUAAAUGUAGAGCGCCGGUCGGAGUGAUGUCAGAGACUGUAAUACACUAAAGAGCAGUGAAAUUCUCACUUAUUUUGGAAGAAUCAUAUUAUCUAUAAGUGGUAAUCAGAUGGUGAAGUAUAAUGCCCUCAUCUUAUUUUUUUACAUCUUUCUUCAUUGUCCCUUAAGUAGAAACAACUCAGGUUGUGUGUGUGUGUGUGUGUGUGUGUGUGUGUGUGUGUGUGUGUGUGUGUGUGUAUAUGACACAGGGGAAUAUGGAAAAACAAUGUUUGCUUGAAAAGGGAGCCACGUUUGGUUCUCUUUCACUAGUAUAAUGGUUCAGUUCUCUCAUACAUUUAGGAUUUUGAUUAAAAUAAAGCUGCGGUGUCUGAUUUUUCCACCUUGUUUUCUUUCCACGUCUGAUCAAAUUUUGAAGAACGUCUAAGAAA